UACUACUCUUAUGACUCAAAAAGGCAAAUAGAGCCAUCACAUUGGCGCUGGAGCGGAGAAGUGGCUGGGCUUGAUUUUUAGAAUUUGAAACUGUUCUGUUUGGGGUGCCCCUCAUGGUUGCCUUUGAUUCCACCAUGUUGAUCUCAACCACCACAUUAUCAACCACUUCAUUAACCGACUCGUCGACAUCGUCGUCGGGUUGGUCGACACCCGAACAUCUGUCCACGUCGGCGUCGGCGACAAAUCCGCUGGCAGGGCAGAUCCUCACCAUCAGUUACGGCACCUUUACACAUUCCCUCUCCGUCACCACCGCUUUCUUCCCUGCUGCUCUUCAACUCCGCGAUGAUUUUCUCCACCACCUGCAGACGGCCAACGAGCCGGUCACAUUGUCGUCCCUAGUGGAGUUCUGGGCGCGCUUCCUCGGCUUCACCGUGCAUCGGUUGGAGCAAGCCCCCCGGGGAUUGACCGAGGACCUCCGCCACCUCCUCACCAUCGCCCUGGAGACGUUCGACCGGGAUAUUCUGCAGCAACGCGAGGUGCAUGGGGUGGUCUACAACCUCGAAGAUACCUCGGAAAUCACCCAGUCGACGAUUCUGGCCGCGUAUGUCCGAGCCCGGCAUGCCUUGCGGCGCCUGAGUCGAGCCGCCACCCCUCCCUCCGCGCUGCUGACGGCGGCACAGGAGCGCAAGGCACGACUGUAUGUGGUGUUUGGCGGCCAAGGCAACGAUGAGCACUAUUUUGAGGAACUGCGCACACUCUGGCAGACCUAUCGGCCCCUAGUCGAGGAGUUGAUUAUUCCCGCCUCGAGCCUGCUGCAGCGCGAGAGUAUGAACGGCGGCAGCAGUCGCUUCUACCACAACGGGCUGGAUGCCCUCAGCUGGCUGGAGCAUCCCGAGCGCACGCCGGCGUCUGCCUAUCUCAUCGGGGCCCCGAUCAGUAUGCCUCUGAUUGGGUUGCUGCAGCUGGCCUGGUAUCGAGUGGUCGGCCGGGUGGCCGGGGUGACGCCCGCGCAGCUGCAGACGGCCCUGGCCGGCACGACCGGUCAUUCCCAGGGCAUUCUCCCGGCCACGGUGAUUGCGGUCGCGCAGUCCUGGACUCAGUUCGAUGCCCUGGCGCUGGAUGCCCUGCGCGUGUUACUCGCCAUUGGCGCCUGCAGUCAAGACCAGUUCGCGGUGGCGCAACUACCACCGGCCAUCGUGGCCAACGCCGAGGCCCACGGGGAGGGCUUCCCCGGCCCCAUGCUGAGUGUUGCCGACUUUCCAGUGGCGCAAGUGCGCAGCUACGUGGCCGACGUCAACGCACAUCUCCCGGAGGACGCCCACAUCGAAAUCGCGCUCAUCAACGGACCCCACAAUAUCGUCCUGGCCGGGCCCCCGCUGUCGCUGCACGGAUUCAACGUCUGGCUGCGGGCAGUGAAGGCGCCCGCCUCGGGGGUGCAACAUCGCAUCCCGUUCAGUCAACGCCGCCCAGAGAUCCGUAACCGGUUCCUCCCCAUCACGGCGGCCUUCCACAGCAGCUAUUUGGCGGAAGUCGUGCCUGAAGUGCUGGCGCGAGUGCCCGGCCUGACCAUCAGCGGCGAACAACUGCGCAUUCCCGUGUACUGCACCCGCACCGGAAUGGAUCUGCGCACUCGGGGGGCCGCGAAUCUCGUCCCCGAGCUUGUGGCUAUGAUCACCGAGCAGCCUCUCGUCUGGCCCAAGGCGACGCAGUUCCCCGGGGCCACGCACAUUCUAGCCUUUGGUCCGGACGGCAGCGCCGGCAUCGGCUCCCUGACGAACCGGCUGAAGGAAGGGACGGGAGUCCGCACGAUCCUGGCCAGCGGCGGUCAUCAUUCGCACAGUGCCCGGGCGGAACAAUUGGGGGAUCGGAGUGAGAUCUUCGAUUGGAACCCGGCCCCGCGGGGUCUCAUCUACGGACCGGUCUGGCGGGAUCGCUAUCGGCCGCGCCUGGUGCAGAUCACCGGCGGGGGCGGCGUGCUGGUCGACACGAAGCUCAGUCGCCUGCUGGGACUGCCUCCGGUGAUGGUCGGUGGGAUGACACCCACGACCGCUGCGUGGGACUUCUGUGCGGCCAUCAUGCGCGCCGGCUACCACGUCGAACUCGCCCUGGGGGGCUUCUACAACGCCACGGCGCUGCAGACCGCCAUCCAGAAGCUGGUGGCCGCCGUCCCCGCCGGACGGGGCAUCACCUGCAACAUGAUUUACGCGGCUCCCCAAGCCGUGAAGUGGCAGAUUUCGCUGUUGGCGAAGCUGCGCGCGGCGGGGGUACCGAUUGAGGGAUUGACCAUCGGGGCCGGCGUGCCCUCGCUUGAGGUGGCCACCCGAUAUAUCGAAGAUAUCGGCCUGCGCCACCUGGGAUUCAAGCCCGGUGCACUGCCCGCCAUUCACCAGGUGUUGGAGAUUGCACGCGCGCAUCCCAACUUCCCUAUCAUCCUGCAGUGGACCGGUGGUCGCGGAGGUGGCCAUCACUCCUUCGAGGACUUCCACCAGCCCAUCCUGCAGGCCUACGACGCGAUCCGUCGUUGCGAGAACGUGAUUCUCGUGGCCGGCAGUGGCUUUGGAACUGCCGACGAGACCUUCCCGUAUCUCACCGGUGACUGGGCGCGCUGCUACAACCGGCCUCCCAUGCCCUUCGAUGGCAUCCUCCUGGGAAGUCGUCUGAUGACCGCCCGAGAGGCCCACACCAGCCCCGCGGCCAAGCAGGCUAUCGCGGCAGCCCCGGGCGUCGAGCACGAGAGCGACUGGGAGCAGAGCUACACGCGCGCCGCAGGGGGCAUCCUGACCGUCACGUCGGAGAUGGGUGAGCCCAUCCACAAGCUGGCCACGCGCGGCGUGCAGCUGUGGGCCGAGUUGGACCGCACCAUCUUCGCCAUCACCGACCGCCAGAAGCGCGUCGCGCAGCUGCAGAAACAGCGGGGCAGUCUGAUUCGUCGCCUCAAUGCAGACUGGGUGAAGGUGUGGUUCGGUCGGGACAGCCAGGGAGAGGUGGUCGACUUGGACGAGAUGACCUACGCCGAGGUGCUGCGACGGUUCGUCGAGUUGACGUUUGUGUCGACGGAGCGCCGGUGGAUCGACGUCUCGUAUCGCCGGUUCCUGCACGAUUUCCUGCAGCGCGUGGAGGCACGCCUGGCCGACGACGAGGACGAGUCUCGCGUUGAUCAGGAUGCCCUGGCUGAGGAUCCGGAGUCAGCCCUUGAUGCCUUCCUGGCCAGACUGCCGCAGGCCCAGGAGCAGCUGAUCGGCACGCAGGAUGCGCAGUACUUCCUGCACUUGUGUACGCGGCGGGGCGCUAAGCCCGUGCCCUUUGUGCCUAUCCUCGACGAGAACUUCGAGACCUACUUCAAGAAGGACUCCCUGUGGCAGUCGGAAGACCUGGCGGCCGUGGUCGACGGGGAUGUCGGUCGUGUCUGUAUCCUGCACGGCCCUGUGGCGGCGCGCUACUCGACGGUGGUGGACGAGCCCGCGGGGACGAUCCUGGAUGCCAUUCACCACGGCUGUAUUCAGCGCUUGCAGCAGCGUGAUCCGGAGUAUCAGUCAGAGGGAAUUCCGCUCGUCGACUGCUUCAGUCCGGAUCCUUCCCCCUCGGACUGGCAAUUGGCCGAGUCGGGCAUCCGUUGCGGGCCAGUCGGCAACACCGGGGCGAUGCUAUACGAAGUGGUAUCGGCCACGGCGAUACCCUCGUUGACAGCCUGGCUGGCCGCUCUGGGCGGUCGACACGGCGGCUGGCGUCAAGCCUUCUUCCACGCGGCGACUAUCGUGCAGGGAGGGGCGAUCUGCGAGAAUCCCCUGCGACGACUGUUUCAACCUACCCGCGACUCGUACGUGAUGGUGCAGUAUGGCCCUCAGGGCCCUCCUGGCGAUCCGAUUAUCACUCUGUUCGAGCACCGGCCCCAUUCCGAGCCGGUCAAGGUGGUCGAGAUCCGGGUGGAGAUGCCAGGAGUCAUCACGCUGGAGAUCAUCAACUAUCGCAGUGCGGGUGGCGCGGCGAUCGGGCUGCAGCUGCAGUUCGAAUACCGGCGCGAGGCCAUCUACGCCCCGAUCCACGAGAUUAUGGAGGGCCGCAACGAGCGCGUCAAGGACUUCUACUAUCGGGUCUGGUUUGCCGGGGAGACUCCCGAGGCGUGGCCGUCGGUGCAUGACACCUUCCGCGAGUCGCAAUUCGAGGUCACGGCUGAGUCGAUCGCCGAAUUCGCUCACUGUGUGCAGAACGCCAGUGAUGCGGCGAGCAAGCGGCGUGGGAAGCAGCAGAUGACGGCGCCGCUGGACUUUGGCGUGGUGGUGGGAUGGGAGGCGCUCAUGAAGCCGCUCUUCUCGCGCGAGCUCCAGGUCGACCUGUUGACGCUGGUGCAUCUGACCAAUGGGUUCCGGAUUCCCGCUGAUGCGGAGCCGAUUCAGGCGGGAUAUGUGCUGGAGACGCAGUCGCGCAUCCAGGCGAUCACGAUCGAGGAGGCGGGCAAGUUGGUCGAGGUGCGCGCCGAUGUCUACCACCAGGGCCAGGUGGUGCUGGAAUUGAGCAGUCAGUUCCUCUACCGGGGCAGUGGUCAUGAUGACUGGGAGAACAUGUUCCGCAACGUGGAUGAGGAGGAGAUGGAGCUCUGCCCGCGGAGUCCGAUGGAGGUGGCUUUGCUGCAGUCCAAGCCCUGGUUUCGCCCGCUGGAUCCCUCGCUCGAUCUGCAGAACCAGACCUUGGUCUUCGUGCUGCGCUCGACUUACCAGUAUGCCAGCAAGGAUACCUUCAAGGCGGUCACCACGGUGGGUGAUGUGCGUCUCAAUUCCUCGCUGCCCGGUGGCUCGCGACCCAUUGCCACCGUCGCCUUCUAUGCCGCCACCUGCCGGGGCAAUCCGGUCAUGGAUUACCUGCAGCGACAUGGCAGUCCGGUGCAAAAGCGCUCGAUGUUCGACCAGCCCAGCCCGCUGGUGACCCGUGAGGGCGAAGGCGCGGCGGCGUUGGUUCUCACCAUGCCACCAUCCAACGAGGCCUAUGCCCACGUCUCGUGGGACUUCAACCCUAUCCACGUCUCCGCCUCCCUGUCCCGCUACGCCGAUCUACCCGGCCUCAUCACCCACGGCAUGUACACGUCCGCACGCGUCCGUGGACUAGUCGAGCAUUACACCUGCGCCUCCGCCCUGGGCGCCUUCCGCAGCUUCCACUGCUCCUUCACCAGCAUGGUCCUCCCGGGCGAUGAAAUCGAGGUCCGCUUCCAGCACAUUGGCAUGCUGGCCGGCCGGAAGAUCGUCUCCAUCGAAGCCAAGCACUUGGGUCGUGGCGAGACCGUCCUUCGCGGCGAGGCCGAGAUCGAGCCCGAGGAGACGGCGUUCCUGUUCACCGGUCAGGGCAGCCAGCAGAAAGGCAUGGGGAUGGAACUGUACGCGCAGAGUAAGGCCGCCCAGCAGGUCUGGGACUACGCCGAUGCCUACUUCUCCGACAAUUACGGCUUCCGCAUCACUGACAUCGUGCGCAAUGAUCCCAAGGAGCUGACCGUCCACUUCGGGGGGCCGCAGGGCCGGCACAUCCGGGAGAAAUACCGGAGUAUGCGACGCGAGAGCGUUGCCGCCGAUGGGGUUUCUAUCCAGCUCCUGCCUCUGUUUCCCGAGAUCGACGAGGAGACGGAGUUCUACACGUACUCCUCCCCGCAGGGCUUGCUGUCUGCUACGCAGUUCACGCAGCCUGCCCUGACGCUGAUGGAGCUAGCGAUCUUCGCGGAUCUGCAGGCCCGCGGGUUAAUCUCGGAGCGCAGUUCGUAUGCGGGUCACUCGCUGGGCGAGUAUGCGGCUCUCGGUGCGGUGGGGAAGAUCUUCAGUGUCGAGUCGCUGGUCCAGGUGGUUUUCUAUCGUGGUCUUCUAAUGCAAUUCGCCGUGGAGCGCGAUGCCCGUGGGAACUCGGACUAUCGGAUGUGUGCUGUCGAUCCCAGUCGUGUAGCGCCUGGAUUCGGCCAAGAAGCCCUCCAAAUCGUGGUCCAAACCAUCGCCGCCCAAACCGGCCAGUUACUUGAGAUUGUCAACUUUAACGUCCGGGGCUUGCAAUAUGUCUGCGCCGGACAGAUCCACGCCAUCCACUGUCUCACCACCAUUCUCAAUCACUUCAAUGCCCACCCUCCUGUACCUCCCAUGGCCGCCGAUCAGCUGGUCCCCCGCGUCGAAGCGCAGAUUGCGCAGCUCACCCCAACCACCAUCCCCGCAGCCCUGACCCGCGGCUGCGCGACGAUCCCCCUCCGUGGCAUUGAUGUCCCGUUCCAUUCUUCUUCGUUGCUGCCGGGCGUGGCGGACUUCCGACGCUGUCUGUUGGAUCUUAUAGAUAGUCACGCCUUGGAUCCCAAGUGUUUGGUGGGCAAGUAUAUCCCGAAUCUAACAGCCAGACCGUUUGAAUUGAGCAAGGAGUAUUUUGAGCUGGUGCAUCGGGUGACGGGGUCGGUGGCACUGGAGGGGGUUCUACGUGAGUGGGAGACUUAUGAGGAUCUGGCGAGUACGGAUGGUUUGCAGAAGAUUGAGGCUGCGAUUGAGGCUAUGAAAGUAUUCUAAUUAGGAUCUGCAAGAUUGGGGAUUGUGGUGUUUGGUAUUUGCAGUGUGGCUCUUUGUUUGUUUGUUUAUUCUUUUUGUCAUUUUCAUUUUCUUUUUCUUUUUCCUGUUUUGUAUAUACUCUAAGCAUGUAAUGAAUAAUUUUUUUUUUCCUUUUUUCUUUUCUUUUCUUUGUUUUUUUGGGUUCCCCGCUGAAUCCGAAGCG